UGGAAUCUUUAGUUCAAUAUCAACCCAUGUAGCGUUGCAAUGCCAACAGUAGACGGGACGUUUCGGUGGAACCUUUGCUAGUUGCAGCAGUUGUGCACCCCGAAAUCUGAGAAUCCAGAAACGACAUACGCCCCUGCAAUGGAUAAAGUUGCAAAUGAUCCUGCAUAUGCAAGUCCCUGGAAGAAGAAGGUGUCUAAUCCUACAUUUUCCUCCCCACAUUCAUUGUUCGAAACCUUCUGGCAUCCUACAAUCGGGUUACUUUAACCACCCGGGAAAUUUUUGAAUACCCAGUUGGCAGAUAUCGUUUCUCUAUAUCAACGACACGCUCGAUAUGGAGGAGGUCAAGGAAGCUCCCUCGACAUCGAGCAUUGAGCAAGUCAAUGACUUUGAGGAGCCAAAGACUCCUGAGCUCAAGCAGGAUCAUGGAGUUACGUUGAUUCCUCGUCCAAGCGACGACCCUCGCGACCCUCUGAACUGGCCGAUGAGCAAGAAAGUCAGCGUUGUUGCAGUGCUGUGCCUAGCUGUGUUCUCUGGUUUCGUAGCGCCGCUGGCAGGUCAACUCAAUGUCAAGUCACAGUCCGUUCUUUACAAGCAAACCACGACACAUAUUGCAUGGCAAAACUCAGCAGCUUCAGCGGGUUUCGCAACCGGGGGAUUCUUGUUCGCCCCCGUCUCUUUCAAACUUGGCCGAAGCUCAGUUAUAUUCUGGACAUUGAUUGCUUGUCUCCUCACACAAGUGUGGGGAGCCUUAAUGAUCCAUAAGAAUCAGUUCAACAGCUUCAUUGUCUCCCGAUUCUUCUCCGGCUUUUUCGGCGGUGUCACUGGAGUCCUUGGUCCUCGUGUGUUGGUUGACCUCUUCUUUCUUCACCAAAGAGGUCGAGCUUUCACAGCCUUUCACUGGUGCUUAAAUUUUGGAAGUGUGGCGGGUCCAACACUCUCGGCAUAUAUCUCAGCCAAUCACUCGUGGACUUUGGAAUUCUGGUGGACUGUGGGACUGCUCGGAUUUACGAUCACCACCUGCUUGUUGUUCAUGCAUGAGACAUCUUGGGAUCGAGAACCAGAUGCAGUUAACAGGCCAGCGCCAGGAAAUUUCUUUACCAACAGAAUUGCAACAUUCUUCCCAGGUACUCGGGUUACCCCGAUAUCAUCUGCACGUCAAACGGUUCGGGCUGCCGCGGUUCCCUUCCUCAUUCUCGUGUCUCCAGUUAUGCUUAUCAUGAGUGUGUUCACUUUGAUCAGUUUCGGAUUCUACAUCGCAAUGAAUGCCCUCACUCCAGUGUUUCUGCAGAAGCCAGUGAAGGCUGGAGGAUAUGGCUUCAGCACCACAGAAAACGCAAACUUCUCCUUCGUCCACUGGAUUGGCAUCGUAAUAGCCCUGAUCUACGGACACUUCGUCAGCGAUAGACUCCCACUCGCAAUCUGCUCACGCAACGGAGGCAAAUGGAAACCCGAAUAUCGUCUGCAUGCACUGUGGAUUCCGGCUCUGAUUUUCAAUCCAAUUGGACUUGGACUUUUUGGUGCUGCCUUGAAGUACCAUUUGAACUGGAUCGUCAUAGCCGUUGGACAAGUCUUCGUGACUUUCGGCUCACUCUCCCUGAUUCCAAUCACAGUGAACUACAUCUGCGAGUGCUUCGUGUCACAUCCAGCUGAAGCUAGUAUCACGGCAAAUAUGCUACGCCUUGUGUUCGGCCUCUCGGUUGCGUUUUAUAUCAAUGACUGGGUGGCUGAUGUUAAUGUUGGGUGGACGUAUGGAAUGAUGGCAUUCCUUGAUGUUUUCUCUUUUGUUUUCAUUGGCCUCCUUAUGUGGAAGGGUCAUCAGAUCAGAGAGUGGACUGUUGGUGGAUUGAAUGAUACCGAGGAAGGAGAGAAGGUCAUUGAGACUGCUAAGCUCACUGGGUCAUAGAAGUUUAGCUGAUGCUAUUUGGCAAUUUCGGGGGUCAAUUCCAGCCUGGGGCUAGGAACUUUGAAGUAUCAUAUUCUCCAUGCAUCGUCGUAACUAGAUGCUGCAACGUAGGAUCUGUGUUAUCUAAUCUACAGAAUGCCACCGCCUAUUCCGACGUGAGAUUUGCAAGCUCAACCCGAAAAAGCUUCCAGACGAAGAAGCGAUCGUCUUGAAACGACUCAAACCAAGAGCAGACCCAGGAUCUCCGACCGACAUACGGCAUAUUAGAAAACAAUCGGAUUGUAGUGUGUAUCCGAUCUACGAGUAUGAGGGGAGGAAUCUCUCUAUCCUGACCAGCACUUUCUGCACAAGAAU